ACUCCCUCUCUGUAAAAAAACCAAUAAACAUAUCCUCAGGUGAGGAUUAAAAUAAUUAAAGUAGACACAUAAAAUGUAAGCCCAUUAUCUUAUUGCAAUUGAACAGACAUAAAGUUAGUGUCAGAUUGCUGUAAAAGUUUCUAAACUCUGACUUUCAAUUCUGUACCUUUCACAGAGGAUCAAAAAUAGUGCAUGGGCCAGUGCACUGGCCACGGAUUGCCCCAUCUGGGUGUAAGGAAGAGUGAACCACCACAUACCCCUCCGUGGUUAUAAGAGGACAUGGCUAGAAGCAUGUGGUGUGUCCUGCGAGGCUGGAGACAAGGACACCUGAGCCCCUGGGGAGCCCAUGGGCAGCAGUGGCUCCCAGGAAUCCGUGCUCUGGCCAGUGUGGCCUCCAGGAGCGGGGCCGAAUACAGUCACGUGGUGGUGGGUGCAGGCUCCGCGGGCUGUGUGUUGGCAAAUCGGCUCACUGAAGACCCUGAUAAGCAUGUGCUGCUGCUGGAGGCUGGGCCCAAGGACAUGUAUGCAGGGAGCAAGCGGCUCUCAUGGAAGAUCCACAUGCCUGCGGCCCUCGUAGCCAACCUGUGUGAUGACAGGUACAACUGGUACUACCACACUGAGCCCCAGGCAGGUCUGGACGGCCGUGUGCUAUACUGGCCACGAGGCCGGGUGUGGGGAGGCUCCUCAUCCCUCAACGCCAUGGUCUACAUCCGCGGGCACGCCGAGGACUACAACCGCUGGCACCGACAGGGUGCCACGGACUGGGACUAUGCACACUGCCUGCCCUACUUCCGCAAGGCGCAGUGCCAUGAGCUGGGUGCCAACAGGUACCGUGGCGGCGAAGGCCCGCUGCAUGUGUCUCGGGGCAAGACCAACCACCUGCUGCACCAGGCAUUCUUGGAGGCGGCACAGCAGGCCGGCUACCCCCUCACCGAGGACAUGAAUGGAUUCCAGCAAGAAGGCUUCGGCUGGAUGGACAUGACCAUCCACAAAGGCCAGCGCUGGAGCACAGCCUGCGCAUACCUGCACCCGGCACUGAGCCGCCCCAAUCUCACAGCCAAGACCCAGACGCUUGUGAACAGGGUGCUGUUCGAGGGCACCCGCGCGGUGGGUGUGGAGUAUGUCAAGAAUGGCCAGAGCCACAAGGCUUAUGCCAGCGAGGAGGUGAUUCUGAGUGGAGGUGCCAUCAACUCACCGCAGCUGCUCAUGCUCUCAGGCGUCGGCAAUGCCGAUGACCUCAAGAAACUGGGCAUCCCCUUGGUGUGCCACCUUCCGGGAGUUGGCCAGAACCUGCAAGACCACCUGGAGAUAUACAUCCAGCAGGCCUGCACCCAUCCCAUCACCCUCCACACAGCACAGAAGCCCUUGAGGAAGGUCCGGAUUGGUCUGGAGUGGCUCUGGAAGUUCACAGGGGAUGGAGCCACAGCCCAUCUGGAAACAGGUGGGUUCAUCCGGAGCCAGCCUGGGGUACCCCACCCAGACAUCCAGUUCCACUUCCUGCCAUCUCAAGUGAUCGACCACGGGCGUGUCCCCACCCAGCAGGAGGCUUACCAGGUGCAUGUGGGGACCAUGCGGGGCACGAGUGUGGGCUGGCUCAAACUGAGAAGUGCCAACCCCCAGGACCACCCCAUGCUGCAGCCCAACUACUUGUCCACAGAAACCGAUAUUAAUGACUUCCGUAGAUGUGUGAAGCUGACCAGAGAAAUUUUUGCACAGGAAGCCCUGGCACCGUUCCGGGGGAAAGAACUCCAGCCAGGAAGCCACGUGCAGUCAGAUAAAGAGAUAGAUGCCUUUGUGCGGGCGAAGGCUGACAGCGCUUACCACCCCUCGUGUACCUGUAAGAUGGGCCAGCCCUCCGAUCCCGCUGCCGUGGUGGAUCCACAGACCAGGGUGAUUGGGGUGGAAAACCUCAGGGUGGUCGAUGCCUCCAUCAUGCCAAGCGUGGUCAGUGGCAACCUGAAUGCCCCCACAAUCAUGAUCGCAGAGAAAGCAGCCGACAUCAUUAGGGGACAGCCUGCACUCUGGGACAAGGAUGUCCCUGUGUAUAAACCCGGGACCCUGGCCACCCAGCGUUGAGGCAGUCACCACCUGAGAAGCCCCCUGAUGAACCCAGAGGGCCAGCACAGCCCUUGUCCAAAUGCCCUUUCCUGAAACUACCCACAAGUUCAGGAUUAAAUGGCAGAGACUUGGGUAAUUUCUUAAAAAAUGAGAUCAGUACUGGUUGGUGUCAGGUUCCUUUUUCCUCGAAUUUUCCUGUGGGCCCUUUGGGGAAGGCAAGGCCAAUGGAAGAUGGUUAACUCCUACCAGGGCCUUGUGUUAUGCCACAGUGCUCUGCAACUCAGAGUGCUGAUGCCCUCCUUGUCCUGGAUGGACUGGAAGAAAGAGGUUCUCUCCCAGACCGCCCUCUGAAGGCAAGCUCCUCUAAGAGCAAGGUGCUAUGCACAGAGGCUGGGUGCUGCCUUCUUUAAGGGGGGAUCCUCCACCUCAGGCUGCAAGCUGUAGCUAAGGCCACGGGUCACGCCAUAGUUAAGGAACACAGCCGGGAUGUGUGCCUAAGCCUCCGGUGUCUCCUGGUUCAGAGGGGGAGCUGUCUGCAAUGACACACAGGCCUCUCCUCUCCUGCACUUCCUGACCUCACCCCCCGAGUGUGGCAGGAGCUGGUGCUCACUGAGGCACUCUGAGUGGCCUGUGGCCCACUUGCCUGAUGCUCUGGUUUAUGCUGAACACCAUCAGCCUGAGGAGAAGAUUUCUGGACCUUGUUCCAGGAGAGAAGGGUCUGGAAGGGCUCUUCAUGACUACAGAUUUCACAAUUUCCCAUUUUAAAAGGAAGCCUGGAACCCAGAGCAAACCCCACGUACCAGAUCACUGCUCCACACCAAAGCAGCCAGCCCAAGAAGACACUUCCCCCUCUGCCCAGGGAAACAACCCAGCACCAAACAAGGCUGGCUAAUUUUUAUUCUGCAGAUGUCCAUGGGAACAGACCAGGAUGGAGCCGAGACCAACACAGAAGGCAGUCAAGUAAAACUAUGCUGCCUGAGCCUGUAGAAAUGCAACAGAGAAAGAUUAAUUGUCAAAGAUUUGAGUUGGGGGGUGAAGAAGGGGGAAAACCACAUACACGUAGCAUUUAAAACAGUUCUUUUGACCUUUAAACUCCUUAUAAUUCAAUAAUGUAAUCGAGUCAUUUAUUUUUGAAUGGAGAUGCCUUAUCCAGAUGGUUCUUACAAGGUAAUGAAAACAAAACACAUUUUGGAUUGAUUUUUUUAAGCUAUUCAAAGCCACCAUCUUAUGGCAGGGAACAAAAGAACUGCUGUAUGGAAACCGGCCGUGCUGGGCCCAGAAUAAAGGAGGGAGAGAAAUGGGGCAUCCCAGGCUUCUCCCAGGAUCGGAGUGGACUGAGGGAGCUUGGAGGCCUGACAGCCGUAACUUGUUUCCGAGAAACCCCUUUCCGAAAGGCAGGAAGAAGAAAACGAUCACCUCUUCUUCCUUUAAAUCUUAGCUAUAUCCUGCUUAGUUUUCUCAUCCAAGAAAGGGUCAAGAAGGGAAAUUCUAAAUCUGCCAAGAGACUUAUUCUCCUAGAGAGGUGCCACUGCUGAGGUCCACAGCCAUCAUUGCUGGGUCUCAGAGCCAUCUGCAGGGGCCAGGGAGCAGCAGGGGAGUGAGGGUGCCAGCCCCACAGUUCCCACAGCUGAGAAGUAACACAUCAGGGGUGUGUGCGUGUGUGGGGGGGUCCCAGAUGACUGUGACUAUACCGACCUUCUCUGGUGCAGGUAUUGCAGGUGACAUGGCCCUUCAGUUCUGCCGUCUCUAUGUUCUGUGGUGGGCUCGGCCUCCAAGACAGUGGCUGGUUUGCUACUGUGGCUGUAUUGUAAGUUAAGCAACAUAACACAUCCCUGUGCAGUCCGCUUCCCCGCUGGCCCCUUUCCCACCCUUGCUCACAGGGCCUUGUCCAGUGUAGCCACACAGAGAAGCGUUUCAAAGGAGAAGACUGGGAGUGUCACAUAUCCAGAACCCACAGAAGUCAGGGUGGGAGACCGCUGUCAGGGUUCGGACCCAGGACAGAAUGUUCUGACUUGAAGCAGCGCCCGCCCUUGGGCCCAACAGCUCAGUGCCGUGGCUGUCUGGGCAGAGUGGGCAGUGGCCCACAUCACAACCACUGGGCUGUGUGCAAGUCCCCCUGCCACGAGGGACCCUCCCACCUCGGAAAGAGAGGGCUGUUAUCUGAGGAAGCCAGAGAAGGAGAACAGGGCCUGCUGGAGUUGGGGCACGGGGAGGACCCACAGUUAGGCUGCCCACACAGAGACGGGGCCAGUACUCAGCUUCUUGAGGAGUUGGACUGUCAUUGAAACCCCUGAGCAAGAGCCUGCAGUCCCUAAAACAUGAAAGAAUCUACUUUAUGAAAAGUGGUUUAAAAAGCAUAACAGGAAGCUGUGAACGUGCCCCGUGAUCAGGCUCUGAGGAGCACUGACCCCUCUGUAGAGGCCUGUGUUUAGGCCGAUGUAGCACCAGCAGAGGGGUCUUCCCAACAGAACAAGGGACAGAACCCUCAGGUGUAGGAGCUGCAUCCCCAGGAAAUGGAGGGUCCCAGAAGAAGGAACUUGGGCACCGUAACUACAUCCUUUCUGUUUCCAGUGCAGGCAGCAAGAAUCAUCAUUUUCAUAAAUUCAAAUGGACUCUUCUUUCCAGCCAAACCACAUUCUUCCACUCAAAGGUCAUUUCAUAUCUCCACUGAUUCCACUUUUCAGAUCUGAUACCUAGAUCGUUUCUCUCAAAAAUCAUGAAAAAAACACCACCACACAACCUCUCCACUGGCCCUGUGUUGAGACCCAGGCAGUUUUCUCACAUUGUCCCCUGUCAUUGUCCUCAAGACCAUGCUCAACUUGUUCCUGUGUUGGAAGCAAGGGCCCCAGCCUGCUCCUCAUUCUCACCUGUCCUUUAAUGUUUUCAAUAGACAAGGAAUAUCAUUUUAGAGAAAAAAAUUUUCCACAAGUGAAAGUAUAGCUGGAGACUGUUGAGUUGGGGCAGUCUGAUACCGGACCAGAGCUGUUGCGUGAUGAUACCUCUAUUGCUAACCAUUUUUAGAACAAAUUGAUUGCCCAUAUAAAAAUAAAAACCUUUGUAGAAAAACAGACAAUUGGAAAAGGCACUUUUGACCAUGGUAUAGCCUGUGAAAAAAAAACCCAUGAAAUAAACUGCCCUGUUUUCUUUCACAUGCGUGGGGUCAGCAGUAAAGAGGGCUUGUCCAGUAGGCUAGAUCCACUGCGCACUGAGGUGCUCUCGGGGCCCUGGCAGCCUGCCCUUCCUGGCCUUGGACUGAUUCCGAGACACCUCGGAAUGGAGCUGGGAAGCACCGCCGGGACAAGUCUGGAUGGAAACCACAGAGACAGUUAUUAAUGAGGGAAUCUUGUUCAUUGAGAGUUAAAUCAGCUGCAUUUCCAUUUUGUGAUAUGAAAAACACAAAUUAAAGAAACUAAAUGUACUGUUCCUGGAGGCACCACAAAAUGACAUUUUUUAGGGAGUGGAAGGGGAACCAAAAGGAAAGACAUUUAAACGUCACACUUUCCUAAAACCAAGAAAGAAACCAUGCUCUACAACUUCACAUUUUUCUUACAAAGAAAAAUUUAAUGUUAGAUGAUAGGUUGAACCAGGCUUAAAGCAGACAGAUAUUAGGAGUGGUGCAGCCUAUAAAAAUGCCAGUUUUUAAGUACUGACUGGAGAACAGCAUUGCCUAUCCCAGAAAAGUCAGUCCUGGUAGGCAUGUUGGGUAGGUGAUGUUAAACCACACAGUAAGACCAAUACCUAAAAGAGAAACAGAGUCCGAGGUGAUGGUAACAGUGGUUUAGCCCUUUAGGAGAAACAGUGCUCUCUGCAGCUGGUAUUAAGUUGCCAUAGGCAUUGAAGGAGCCACGAGAAUAAGAAAAAAUCUACACAAUUACAGAACUGCCCUAACAGAGUGCCUGCCCCUUCCAAGGCUCUCACUGGCAAAUGCCAACACUUUGCAAGGAGAGCACCCAAAUACAAUAAAAUUAUUACACAGCUUUAUUCUGAAGAACAUUUUACAUUCUAAUAGAAAAGAACUUACGUCAGGAAAUAGUCAUUUACAAACCUUGAAGAGUUUUUGCCUGGACCUGGAGUAAGAAUAUCUUAAGAAGAGGUUUGUAAGGUCUUCAUAACAAAGUAUUGUUAUUUACAAAAA